AUGGAUCACGGUGCAUCCGAUUAUAACUAUCGCCAUGACUCCACCGAAGAUGUCCCCUCCCUAACCAGCAGCACUUCCACCACAACAGGAACCAUGUCCAGGUUUUCCUCGAGUUUCUACAACAGAGGUCCCGGUGAUCGUGCCUCGUCUUUCUCUGCGGCGACACCUCGACGCACCAGCCGCUCGAAUGCACCCAAACGGUCCAGCCUGGUUAGCCUUUCGAAGUUAGUUACGGGGAGCACCGGUGAGAAAUCGAAACUUAGUUAUGAGGAGAAAGCACCGCGUGACGACGUUGAGAAAAGUAAGAAGAAGGAACAUCGGAUUAGUCGGUUGAUGCACUUUUGGAAAGCAAAGGAGAAGCAAAGGGAAACCGAUUGA